CGGACACUGACGGACGGUACCCGGUAUACGGAAGUAAACACUAACAGGCCCCACUACCGCGAAAUCGAAACUGGGAGGUUGCUACACGCAUUGUUCUGUGACAACUGAUUUAUACCAACAAGAAAAUGCUGGCCACGGGCAUGGCAUCUCGUUACAAGGCAGCCAUGGUGCUGAGUGGGGUGGGUGAUGCCAUUGGCUACCGGAACGGCAGGUGGGAAUUCUGUUACAACGGCGAAGACAUACACAAGGAUCUCAAAAAGUUUGGUGGACUUGCUAAACUGAAAAUCUCUUUACCAGGAUGGCCAGUCAGUGAUGAUACGGUCUUGCACAUUGCCACAGCCGAAGCUCUUGCUACAAAUAAACCCAUCGGAGAGGAGUUGUUUAUGGAGCUUGCUACGUGCUACAUCAGGGGAAGCGAUGAUAUGGGUGGCAGAGCUCCAGGUCCUACAACACAAUUUGCAAUACAUCGCUUCAAAACACAGCAGACAGCGGGCUAUGUGAGUCCAUUCAACAACAAAGGCGGAGGCUGUGGUGCUGCAAUGCGAUCCAUGUGUAUUGGCCUGCGGUUUCCCCGGCCCGAGCAGCUGGGCGACCUGGUGGCUGUUGCUGUGGAAAGCGGCCGCAUGACUCACAACCAUCCUACAGGGCACCUGGGAAGCUUGGCCGGUGCCCUGUUCACCUCGUACGCCGUGCAGGGGAAACCAGUGCGGGAGUGGGGAGCAGGCUUGAUGGAUACACUCCCGAAAGCAAUGGAGUAUAUUAAGUCAGUGGGCAGAGACGUGGAGGAAAACAAGUUGAAAUGGAAUUACUUUGAAGCACAGUGGAAGAACUACCUGAAGCUGCGUGGUCUGACUGACGGAAAGAGUGACCCCAAGUUCCCCGAGGAAUACGGCAUCGAAGAGAGAGAUGAAUUCUACAAGUCAGUCAGCUUUGCUGGCUGGGGAGGAGCUAGCGGCCACGACGCACCCAUGAUUGCAUACGAUGCUGUACUUGGAGCAGGAGAUUCAUGGGAGGAGCUGUGCCUCCGUGGGGUGCUACACGGCGGGGAUAAUGACUCCACAGGUGCCAUCGCAUGCUGCUGGUGGGGCGCUAUGUAUGGUAUGGAGGGGGUCCCUGAAAACCACUACAAGGAAUUGGAGUACCGUUCCAGACUAGAAGAGCUUGGGGAGAAACUCUACAACCUCAGCCACCCACAGUGACCAAAAUGAUCCCUACUUAAAUAGUUUGAGGGGUAUUUUAUAUACAUGUAUGCAUACAAUUGUAUUUUUCAGUUUUACAGGCCUUUAAAUUCAUAUUAGUGUUAAGUUGCUUGUAAAGCCAAAUUUUGACAAUUUUCUUAUUUUCAUUUGAAUACAGUCUGAAAUUUUGGGCUGAGACCAUGUGUAUUGGUAGUCUACUUAAUGCGCCUAUCAAAUGCCCCCCCCCCCCCCUUCCCCCGGCGCUACCCCAGGUCUGGUGUCGGGAUUUAGUCACGUUUUUCAUGCCCCAG